AUGCCAUUUGACAAACGCAAAGAGCGAUCAGACAUUGUCGACAUCAGUAUGGAUGUCCACGAUUAUGCUUCUCCUGCUGUAAAUGAGCUAGAUCUCUGCGCGACUUCACUACCUGUCACUCCUAGCAAGCCACCUGCUCACAAAAAAGGUAAAUCUUCAAGUCCAAACGAGCAGGCUGACUCUGCCAUCAUUUCCACACUCUCCUCGUUGAUCAAUACUCGGUCUGACACACUUGAAGGAAUGAUUAGUGCCAAUGCUCUGAAGGUAGAAGGGCUGAAGAAAACGGUAGACUUUGUGUGUGCCGAAGUACAAGAUCUAAAGAAGAAUGUGAAAGAUGUAGAUUCCAGACUUAAAGAUCAAGAACGUCUCACGAGCACCUGGGAAACACGCAUUUCUGAUCUAGAGAGAUACUCUCGCAGGUGGAAUUUGAGAUUGUUUGGAGUGCCUGAGACUUUCAAGGAAGAUAUAAGAUCCGAGGUCAUUCGAAUCUGCAGCGAGACUUAUCCCGAGGCCAAGAGCAAGUACCCUGAUGUUGUUGACACUGUGCAUCGGUUAGGGAGGAGAGGUGACAACACAAAACCUCACGCCGUUAUCAUGCAAUUCACCUCACGGGUUAUCCGCGAUGCCUUAUGGAAAACUGCCAAGAAGUCCCAGUUUCUCAAAGACAACAACCUGCGCUUCGCAGAGGAUCUGACUUCGCUGGAUCGGGAGAGACGGAAGAGCUUGUGGCCCAGAGUGAGAGAGGCGAGGGCUGCUGGAAAAAUGGCCUAUUACGUUGAAGCGUGUGCGUUCAUUGAAGGUGUGGAGAUUACUUUGUGAGUUCCAUCAUGAGGAUCGUGUGCUCUUUUCUAAGAUUGUGACUGUUAACUGUCACUAUUGCAUUUGAGCUAUCAUCGUAUUACAGCUGGACCUUUAAAAUGAUCAUUUAAAUUGGUCAGUUAAGCUCUGUUCAUCUCAGUUUUCUUUUCAUCUAUCAGUCAAUUUUGAUGUUUUGCCUUUGUUUUGAUUCACGUUAACAGCAGUUCAUUGCUGUUUGUUUAUCAAUGUCGAUAUCGUUCAUUUCUCUUAAUGCCAGGGGUCUAAGAAACAAUGUGAAGCGCAAAGCCCUCUUUUUGUUUGUUAAAAACCAUGGAUCAGACUUUUGCUUUUUUCAAGAAACC